ACUGUUAUUUGCACAAAACGGGCAACGCAAAGAGCACGAGAGCGAUAUUUUUACGCUGUUCCCAAUCCUCCCAGCAAGCAUAAUCGGCCGCUAUUCGUACGUUGCGCUUUCGUGCUCCAGCUCCAUCCGGUUAUUUCCCACAACCGCAAAAACCACCGCUUUGCUGGUCACCGAAAUAACAUUUACGCACGCGGUGGAACAACAACGGUGGGUUCUUUUAUUUUUAAAUACGCGAACCACGGCAUUUUGCAACAAACUACCGGUCAACGACGAGGACAAGUGCACUGCGAGCCGGCGUAGAUCGGUUGAGUUGGGUCAGUUGUAUGUUUCGCUAGGACUUUGCCGGAUCGCUUAAUUGUUGCUCGCCGUUGUGGGGACCAUGAAGAAGCUGUUACACAAACGUGGUGAUCUGAUACUGCAGGAGCAACCCUUUGCCUACGUGCUGCUGCCACAGUUCCGGCACGAACGGUGUGAUCGGUGCUUCAAGCUGGGCAAAGUGUUGAAGUGCUCUGGCUGCCUCUACGUGCGGUACUGUAACCGAGCCUGCCAGCAGGAAGCAUGGCCAGAUCAUCAGGCCGAAUGCGAGAAGUUGAAAUUGCUUCCGGCCACUCUGGUGGUCCCAUCGGCUGCCCUCAUGUUGGCUCGCAUUAUACGACGGUUGCAGAAAGGGGGCGACUUUUGCAAGGGCUACUAUACCGAUAAACUCUAUCGACGAUUUAACGAUCUGAUGCCACACGAGGAGGAUAUUCGUAAGGACGUGAAACGGAUCGAACACUUUCAUACGUUGAACGUGGUACUGCAGCGACUGCUAGAUGAACCGGCCAUCCCACCACGCGAUGAGCUUUUACGUAUCUUUGGGAAGAUGUGUAUCAACAGCUUUAAUGUGUGCGAUGACGAAAUGAACAGCAUCGGAACCGGAAUGUACCUCGGGGCAUCCAUUCUCGAUCACAGCUGUCGACCGAACGCGGUGGCCACGUUUGUCGGUGAGCAGUUGCAGUUACGGCUACUGGAAGACUUUGCCGGACCGGAGCUCGAUUUCAGCCGUAUCUUCAUUUCCUACAUUGAUCUUAUUGAUCCAAGUGACACGCGUAGGGAGCAGCUUUUUGAGCGGUACUACUUCCGCUGCGAGUGUGUGCGGUGCCGGGAUGAAGCGGAACGGGAGGUAAUGGGAGCAGCCGCUUGCCAAAAUCGGAAAUGCGAUGAACCAAUCCGUAAUGGGCAAACGCUAUGCUCUGCCUGUGAAGCACCAUUCGAUCAAUCGGCUCGCGAUCGAUUCGAUGAAGUGACGAGUUUCACGCGUGAUCGAUUGGCCGAAAUGAAGGAUGUCGCUUAUUUCGAUGUUUGUCGAUUGUGUCUCGAAAAGCAGAGCGGUGUGCUGCAUCCACUGAACGCACAGCACAUCAAGACAUUGGAUUACGCGUUUGACAGUGCGAUUAAGCUGGAAAAAUGGGAAGCAGCACUCCGGUACGGUGCCGGAGCUGUGGCUGGUUAUCGGCGCUAUUCACCAUCGAAUCCGUUGCUAGGUCUGAUGCUAGCCAACAUCGGCAAGAUUCAGCUGUACCUGGGUGACGCCAAGACUGCGCUCAGCAGUUUGCACGAAGCCGACAAAAUACUACGUGUGACGCACGGUGAGCAGCACGAUCUCUACAAAGACCAACUGGUACCGCUGCUGUGUGAUGCGGCCCAACAAUACGAACUGAGCCAGCGAGGAGUGGUUGCAAAACCGCAAGGCCGUGUCCGCAAAUAAAGUGGCCCACUGAUUCGGAUGCCAUUCGAGAAUUGUCGCCCAGAACGGUGGUGCUUCUUAAACGUUA